GAGUGGUUGUAGCCAUGUCCCGUCCUGGCCCCACCUUGAAUACUACGGUCAAUACAGCCCAUGCAUCCGAAGACACCGCACUCAUCACCUCGCCACUCAAGAGCUACGGCACAGCCUCGAUUCCGUCGUCGAUCUUCAACCUCUCCAACACCAUCGUGGGCGCAGGCGUCAUCACCCUGCCGUAUGCUCUCCGCUCGGCCGGAACCAUCAUCGGCUGCGUCAUGCUCAUUGUCACCUGCAUCGCCUCCAUGUUCUCCUUCUCGCUUCUCAUCCGCCUCCACGAUGCAACAGGCCUCUUCUCCUACCGCGACAUCGCCGUCCGCGCCUACGGCAUGCGCAUGGCAAAGAUUUGCGAGCUCAUCCUCAUCUGCUACACCGCUGGCACUUGCAUCGGCCGCGGCGUUCUUAUCGGCGACUUUAUCCCGCGCGUCUUUGCCCACUGGCUCUCCUCCUCCUCACUCUGGGUCAACCGCGACUUUAUCAUCGCUGCCGUCGCCGUCGUCUUUAUGCUCCCACUCUCCCUCCCGCAGCGCCUCGACGCCCUCCAGUACUCCUCGCUGCUCGCCCUUGUCUGCGUCGUCUACACCCUCGGUGUCCUCGCGGAUCACCUGGCGGACACUGGCAUUGAGCCAUCCGUCAAGCUUCUUGCUCAGCGGUCCUCGACUCGCAUCCACGUCGUCACCAACACCUCGUGCCUCGUCGCCCUCAUCAUGUAUCUUGCCUACGCCCUCAUCGGCUACUUUCAGUUUGGCGAGCACACCCAGGGCGAUGUCCUCAACAACUUUUCGCCGGAUUGGGUCCCCGUCCUCAUCGCCCGCCUCACUCUUGGCCUCGCCCUCAUCCUUUCCUACCCGCUCGUCCUCUUUGCUCUCCGCGAGAACCUCGACUCGUUCCUCUUCCGCAGCGCCUCCCCUGUUGCCGCCGCUGCUGACGACCCGCCGUACUGGCGCUUCAAGGCCCUCACCGUCGCCAUCGUCCUCAUCACCAACGGCAUCGCCAUUGCCACCGACAACGUCGCCACCGUCUUUGGCUUCUCAGGCUCCGUCUUUGGCGUCGCUAUCGUCUACAUCCUCCCAGGCCUCUUCUACGUCCGCCUCUACCACCUGAUGAGCCCAUCGCCGGCCUACUACUACGGCGCCUGGGCCCUCAUCAUCGGCGGUGCCAUCGGCGGCAUCGUCUCUGUCACCGUCAACGUCCUCGUCCUCACAUCCGUAGGCCAGUCGUACAAAAUCGAUCCCGACACGACUUUUGUUCGCUUCGACAACGUCCUGUGGGGCUUUUUACCCUCCGACUACUACAGUAUGGCCUUCUUCAAUCUCGAUGGCGUCCGCAACCUGCUCACAACGCCGCCGUUCACAAACUAUAAUGGAAUUGUGGCCACAUCGCAGGGCGAGGCGUACACCAAGCCGCUCACCUCGGCCGAGCCCUUUGUCAUCGGUGCAGGCGAUGCUCAGUUUGCUGCCCUCGUCCACGCUGUCAUCUCCGAUCCGGAUUUUACCGACUUUCUCCUCGUCCGCCUUUCCUGUAACAACUGCUACCCUCAGCUUGCUCACCUCGAUGUCGGAACUGAGGCGGGAGGCGGUACGCCAGCCCUCUCUAUCGGCAUCAUCCAGUACUGUGACCCGUUCCCGGCGCUCGCGGGCGGCACCGUCGCCUUUGAUCCCCUGGUCAACGCCACGACCGCCGCCAUCGGGGACACCCUCGCCCUCGCAUGCCACCCCCCGGCUUACCUUUCAGGCACCCGCGGAUCGCCAUAUGUAGCAUGUCGGCCCGACCGGACCUGGUCGUCAGACCCGAGCACAAUCACAUGCGUCCCACCGCCACCGCCGCCACCACCGUCCCCGCCGCCGUCGCCGCCGCCGCCAUCGCCGCCGCCGCCAUACGCCUGCCCGCUCAUCCCACCGCUCGUUGGCGGAACUAUCACCUACUCCAACUUUGGCUACACUGGCUCGGUGGCGACCAUAGCCUGUGAUCCGGGCAUCAGUCUUGUAUCUGGCCCGGCGAUCCGUACCUGCAUCGGCGGCAGCUGGUCCGGCAACAUCACCAUCUGCGAAUACGUCGAGUGCGCUCCGCUCAGCGUGCCUGUCAACGGCAACGUCGUCUGCUCCGGUGCAUCCAACACCUCGCACCCGGCUGCCUAUGGUGAGACCUGUGCCUACAGCUGUAACGCCGGAUUCUCUGUCGUUGGCGACGUCUCGCGGACUUGCAGCGCCGGAUCCGCCUGGUCCGGCUCGUUUGCCCCCUUUUGCUCCUCGCUCGACAUCGCGCUCUCUUUUGUCACCCUCGACACGAGCCCACCGCUCACUCUGGAUGCUGGUGCCGACUACAAUAUCUACUACUCUCUCCGCGACGUGAACAACAUCCCAACAUCGACCGGCACCGAUCUGCUGUUCGCCGGCGCACUCGGCUCGUCAAACUCGGUCCUCACCUCGAUCACCAUGCCGACAACUGGUGAGUACACCGCGGUUGCCCGUGCCCCAACCACCAUUGGCACCUUUGUGUACCACUUUGCCAUCAACAACCUUCCUAUCACCAAUGGGCUCACGUCACUAACCGUCACCACCCGCCCGGGACCUGCCUCGCCCACUGGCUCGUACCUCGUCGACCUGCCGCCGUCGGGCACCCUUGAUCAGGAGACAGGCAAGUCGGUCUGGUACACCGUCCAUCUUGCUGACGCCUAUGGUAAUGCUCUGGCGCAGCAGCCGCCCGCAGACCAUGUCUCGGUCACCAUCAAGUCCGGAGGGGUGAGUCGCCUGAUCGAACCGGUCUACGUCGCCGCAGACACGCUUGCCUUCGAGCUCGUCGUUGACGAUGGAGGCACGUACACUCUUGUGGUAGAGAUCGCCGGCGACGACAUUCUCGGCUCGCCGUUUGUGCUCUCCGCCGCCGCGACGUGCGCGCCUGGAUCGCGCGUCCUCGAUGGCGUGCGAUGCACCACCUGCGGUGCCGGCUCGUACUCGGACGAAAUCAACUCGCCGACUUGCACCGCCUGUCCCGAGUUCACUGCAUCGCCCGAGGCCUCGCCGUCGUUCUUGAACUGCACUUGUCUGCCGACGUUCUGGUUUGGAUAUGGCCCACGGACCCGCGGCAAGCCGUGUGUGCCGUGCCCGAUCGGCGCUGUGUGUGCUGGAGGCAACACCCCGCCGCGCGCGGCUCCGGGCUAUGAGACCACCGACGAUGGCUCGGCCUUUGUGGCAUGCCCGCAGCAGGCGGCUUGCGCUGGCGACGGGAGGUGCUCCUCCGGAUACACCGGUCGACUCUGCGCGCAGUGCGCGUCGGGCUACUAUCGGCUGAGCGACUCGUGCCGCAAGUGCAAGGGAUCGAACGCGGUCAUCGUCGUCGUGCUUGUUGUCCUGGUCCUUGUCUACGUGACCGGCGUUGUAUGGAUCAACACUCGCAACACCAAGGUCUACGGCUAUGCUUCUUUUGUCAUCGCCCUCAACACGCUGCAAUCGGUCGCGCUCUACGGCACUAUCCGCCUCGAGUGGCACCCGAUUGCCGAAGCCGUCUUUGACGCCGUCUCGCUCGUCAAUCUCAACCUUGAUCUUGCGUCGCCCGAGUGCGGCCUCGACGUCGGCGAUGUGUGGAUGUUCAAAUGGGGCAUGACUAUGGCGCUACCCGUCCUGUUUCUGCUCCCUUUUGCCGUCGUCACCGCCGCCGUCAACAUCGCCGUCAACAUCGCCGAGGCCAAGAGCUCGCCUAUCACGCCGAAUCCGCGAGUUCUGGCUGCCGCCGGCCGCGGCUACUUGCAGACCAUCCUUCUCCUCUACCUCCCGCUGAUGUACGCCGCCCUGCGCUACGUUGACUGCACGGACGUCGGCGGAGGGAUUGUGGUCAUGACAACCAACCCCGAGCGACGAUGCUACACAGGCGCCUGGUACGGUCUCCUACCCAUGAUCUUGACUGUGGCUGCGGGCUACGGGCUCUCAAUCCCGACCGUCCUUGCAGUCUUCCUCCGCCGCCAGCAUCGCCGCCUCGACAUGUUCAGCUUUGUCUCGCGGUACGCCUUUCUCGUGGCACGCUACAAGCCGCAUCUUUACGGCUAUGAGCUGGUGAUUCUGGGGCGCAAGCUCUUUGUCGUGGUUGCGGUCUGUGCCUUUCGAUCGGCGACGGUCAAGGCCACGCUAGUCGCGCUCUUCCUCGCCUGCCAUGCCGUUGUCUCACUCGCCUUGCGGCAUCGGCCUUACAUUGAGGACUACCACAACAUCCUUGACGCCAUCACUGUCCUCUGCUCGUUUGUACUUUUGUGGGGUGGGACGAUCACUUCUUCGCACCACCUCCGCGACGCUGUGGUCAUCACCAGCCUCCUUGCCCUCCUCGCUGUUGUCAUCCUCGGCGUCGCCUAUGAAGUCUGGCGCAUCCGCGCCCGCGAUGAGGCGGCCGUCGAUCGCGCCUUUGCCGGCAAGGCUUUUUCCAGUGACGAUGUCGACGACGUGUUCAUUGCUGCUGCCGGCCCGCACGGCUCGUUUGCCAUCGACGACGUUCAACAUCUCGCUCACGGCAGCGAGGCCCAGCUCGUCAUCAACGACGGAAUUCCCCUCGAGAGUAUCACCUCGGACUCGAACAUCCCCGUCCUCGACUCUGUCAACUCAUCGAUGCCGACAACCCAGAACGUCGACAGCAUGAUGGGCCCCGACCAGUAACAUCCCCCUCCCCCCCCCCC